CCCCCGACGGAUGCCCCCUGCUGAGGUGGGACCAUGGGAGCCUUAACCAGCAGGCAGAACGCCGGCGUGGAAGAGGUGGACGUCCCUUCUAAUGCCAUCUACAGAUAUCCUCCUAAAUCCGGAAGCUAUUUUGCCAGUCACUUCAUCAUGGGAGGUGAGAAGUUUGAUUCUACAUACCCCGAGGGCUACCUCUUUGGAGAGAACACCGACCUCAACUUCCUUGGGAACAGACCAGUAGCGUUUCCAUAUGCUGCCCCACCACCCCAGGAACCAGUGAAGACACUGAGAAGUCUGAUCAACGUUCGCAAGGACACAUUACGCCUAGUCAAAUGCACCGAGGAAGUGAAGACUCCAGGAGAGGAAGUCAGCAAAGCGAAAAUCCGUUACAAUGUGGAGUUCACAUUUGACUCUGAUGCCCGUGUGGCUAUAACCAUCUAUUAUCAGGCUACUGAGGAAUUCCAGAAUGGGACAGUGAGCUACAUCCCCAAAGACAACAGUUUACAGUCUGAGACCGUCCGUUACAAGCGAGGAGUUUGCCAGCAGUUCUGUCUCCCCUCUCAUACAGUUGAUCCCUCAGAAUGGACAGAAGAGGAGCUGAGCUUUGAUCUAGACCGUGAAGUAUACCCCAUGGUGGUACUUGCAGUGGUGGACGAGGGAGACGAGCAUAUGGGUCACUGCCAUGUGCUGCUGGCUACUUUUGAGAAGCAUGCUGAUGGAAGCUUUUGUGUAAAACCCCUAAAACAGAAACAAGUGGUGGAUGGUGUGAGCUACCUGCUUCAGGAAAUCUAUGGAAUAGAAAACAAAUACAACACACAAGAUUCCAAGGUGGCAGAGGACGAGGUGAGCGACAACAGUGCAGAAUGUGUGGUCUGCCUCUCGGAUGUCCGGGAUACACUGAUCCUACCGUGCCGCCAUCUAUGCCUCUGCAACACAUGUGCUGAUACACUUCGUUAUCAAGCCAACAACUGCCCCAUCUGCAGGCUACCAUUUCGAGCCUUGCUACAGAUCCGAGCGAUGAGAAAAAAACUUGGACCCCUUUCCCCUACCAGCUUCAACCCUAUCAUCGCGUCCCAAACGUCUGACUCAGAAGAACACUCGUCUUCAGAGAAUAUCCCUCCUGGCUAUGAGGUGGUCUCCCUCCUGGAAGCCCUUAACGGGCCUCUCACUCCAUCCCCAGCGGCCCUUCCAGUCCACGUUCUCGGGGACAGCCACGUUUCGGGCAUGCUGCCCUCAUAUGGCAGUGACGGCCACCUGCCUCCCAUGAGGACACUCUCCCCCCUUGACCAUUUGUCGGAUUGUGGUGGCCAAGGACUCAAGCUGAAGAAAAGCCUUUCCAAAUCAGUCUCCCAGAAUUCCUCUGUACUUCAUGAAGAAGAAGAUGAGAAGUCCUGCAGCGAAUCUGAAAUCAGGAUCUCCAGGAGAAAGUCUCCUCGUCAUCAUGAAGAGGAAUGUGGUGUAACUCCUGAGAGUGAAAACCUUACGUUAUCCUCAUCAGGUGCAAUAGACCAGUCUUCGUGUACAGGGACACCUCUUUCUUCUACCAUCUCUUCCCCAGAAGGUCCUGUCAGCAGUAGUCUGGCACAGUCGGUCAUGUCGAUGGCCUCCUCCCAAAGCCAGCACUCCGAGAUCAGCACUGACACCAUGUCUUCUAUGUCUGGCUCAUAUGUGGCUCCUGGCACUGAGGAAGAGGGGGACAUGAUCCCUUCCCCCGCUGUUGCCAGUGGGAUACCAUCAGAAGGAGAUUCAACUCCUGUUGAAUCUCCAGAUGCAAAUUUUGUUAGUAUUUCAGCAGAGGAGCGAGACGUUGAGGGGAAUGAUGUCAUGGAGGAGGAGGAUGGCUCCCCCACACAGGAAGACGGCCAAAGGACAGGCGCAUUCCUAGGUAUGGAGUGUGACAAUAACAAUGACAUUGGCAACGCAAGCGUGAAAGCUCUGGACAAUAAGCUGUGCUCUGAGGCCUGCUUACCUGGUGUCCAGAAAUCAGACGGUAAUGCUCUGAAUCACAGCCAGACCUGGAGGUGUCACCUGUCUGCCAGCAGCAUCAACCAGGAACGUGAUGAAGUUAUGCAGUGCAUGCUGGGACCUCUGUGUCCUCUAUGAUGUCACAUUGUACAAAGAAGGAAAAGCACUU